UGAAAAUAAAGAUAAGUCGUGUGUAGUCCACAUAUCUUCAACAUGAGAUGAGAAGAAUACAAAAAUCCGCGGGAAAAUCUCUUAUCCACGACGUGUGACUUAUCAACCAAUCACAACACGCCACAUCAUCACAACUUAACAUCCUCUCUUAUCUUCCUCUUCCUCCACUAAUCUUCUCUAAAGAAUCUAAAGCUCAUCUCUCUGCUUCCCACACACCACCCAUAAGUCUCUUCUCCACACUUCCCCUAGAGAAACCCUAACAUCCGAAUCAAAAGAGAGCUAAAAGAGAUACAGCAAUGUCGCUCACGAUCCCGACGAAUCUGGUCCUCAACCCGAGAUCCAACAAAUCCCUCACCCAAUCGUUGCCUAAAUCCGCCGCGAGAUUCGUCUGCUCCGAUGACAAAUCCGCGUCACCGACGCAACAGUCGAUGAAGGCUUUCUCGGCGGCGGUCGCGCUGUCCUCCAUCCUCCUCUCAGCUCCGAUGCCAGCCGUCGCUGAUAUCUCCGGCUUGACUCCUUGCAAGGACUCGAAACAGUUCGCCAAGAGGGAGAAGCAACAGAUCAAGAAGCUCGAAUCGUCUCUUAAGCUCUACGCUCCCGAGAGCGCCCCUGCUCUUGCUCUUAAUGCUCAGAUCGAGAAGACCAAGCGCAGGUUCGACAACUACGGCAAGUACGGGCUGCUGUGCGGGGCAGACGGACUACCACACCUGAUAGUGAACGGAGACCAGCGGCAUUGGGGAGAGUUCAUAACUCCGGGGAUUCUCUUCCUCUACAUCGCCGGAUGGAUCGGGUGGGUCGGAAGAAGCUACUUGAUUGCUAUCAGCGACGAGAAGAAGCCGGCCAUGAAAGAGAUCAUCAUCGAUGUUCCUUUGGCUAGCCGUCUCAUCUUCCGCGGUUUCAUCUGGCCCGUUGCUGCCUACAGAGAGUUGCUCAACGGCGAUCUCAUUGCCAAGGAUGUCUAAGAAGAGAAACAAAAAGGAAUCUAUAUUUUGCUUCUCUCUCUCUCUCUCUUUAUGUUUGUUUUUCCAUUGUAUGUAUUCAAAAUCUCUGGUUAACUUUUCCUAUCGAACAUCUCUCUGCGGGUUACAUGUUGAAUGUUGAAUGCUGAGAAUCCUGCAUUGGAAAUGAGAAGAAACCUGAAAUUAUACAUAAAUUAGCUGUACAAAAGUCCACUUGUGCGAUGAACAACAUUAUUAAAUAUAGUAACCGGAGAAAACCAAACCAAAUUACUCAAUAUUCCUCCAUACCGGAA